CUUAAGUCUCAACAUAUCCGAAAAUGUGUUUCCAUUCCCCAAAACAAACGCCCCCUUAGAGGUAAAGCCAAUUAGCCAAAACGCGCGUUUGCGUUGUUGGUUUGAUACUUGUUGGGGUUUCACAUUCCCAGAAAGUGAUUCUGUUCACAUGUGAUUCUCUUGAAUCACUUCACUUCGGAUCUCUCUCCUCUUUUCAUCUCAAUCAAACAAACAAACAAACAUCCUCGUCCUUCAUUCAUUCCUUCUCUUUCGAUUAUCCAGGGUUUCCAGAUUGUAACACCAUGGACCAGCUUCCUGUUGAAGUGAUUGGGAACAUACUGUCCCACCUGAGCGCUGCGCGAGACGUGGUCGUAGCCUCUGCAACAUGCAGGAAAUGGCGCCUGGCGUGCUGCAAGCACCUCAACACGCUCUCCUUCAGCUCGGUUGAUUGGCCUGUUUACCGCGAUUUGACGACGACCCGCCUCGAGAUUUUGAUCACAGAGACCAUUUUUCAGACCUCAGGGUUGCAGUCCCUCUCCAUUUUGAUGGAUGAUGUGGAUGCAUUCUCGGCUUCAACUGUUAUUGCUUGGCUCAUGUACACCAGGGAGUCUCUGAGGCAAUUGUUCUAUAAUGUGAGGACCACGCCUAAUGUUAACAUUCUCGAAAUAUGUGGCAGGCACAAGCUGGAAAUACUUGAUCUGGCUCAUAAUACUAUUACGGGGGUUGAGCCUAUUUAUCAGAGGUUCCCUUGUUUGAAAUCUCUUUCAUUGAGUUAUGUCUGUAUAUCUGCUUUGGAUCUUAAUCUUUUGUUGUCUGCAUGUCCCAAGAUUGAAGCUUUGGAACUUGUCAAUCCAGAGAUUGCAAUGUCCGAUGCUAUGGCAACUAUUGAACUGAGUAGCUCGACGCUGAAGAGUGUGUAUUUUGAAGCAAUCAGUAUGGACAAGAUUAUAUUGGAGGCUGAUGGGAUUGAGAGCUUGCACUUGAAAGAUUGCGCACUUGAGAUUUUCGAACUCAUUAGCAAGGGGACCUUGAAGCAUUUUAGGAUUGACGAUGUUAGUGUUAUACAUCUUGAUAUUGGUGACACAGUUGAGAAUCUUGAGAGUGUGGAUAUCAGCAACUUCACAAUGAUAUGGCCAAAAUUUUACCAGAUGAUUUCGAGGUCAUCAAACUUGAAGAAGUUCAGGCUUUGGGAUGUGAUGUUUGACGACGAGGAUGAGGUUGUAGAUUUAGAAACAAUUGCCAGUUGCUUUCCACACCUGAACCAUUUAUCUCUGAGUUAUGAUGUGAGAUACGGAGUGGUUCACUAUGGUUUACUAGGCGCUGCCUAUCUGGAAAAUGUUGUUAUCUUGGAGCUUGGGUGGAAUGUGCUCAAUGAUCUUUUCUCCCACUGGGUUGAGGGGCUGCUUAAGCGAUGCCCCAAUCUCAAGAAGUUGGUCAUUCAUGGGGAGGUUUCCGAGGCCAAGUCUGAUGAAGAAUGCAAAAUAUUUGCGAAUUUCACCAGGUCCAUGAUUCAGCUGAUGAGAAGAUACACACAUGUAGAUCCACAUUUUAAUUUUGAAUAGAAUUCUUCUAAAUGCCUUGUUAAGUCCGAUUGUUUUAGCAGUAUGCACAUUUGCAGGUAACUUACAGAAUUCAAGAGUUUAAACACAA